CGGGUUCGCUUUGUUUCCACUGAGCUUGCUUUCCAUGGCGAUUUUUAUGAUUCGUAGGCUCUACAGAUCAUUCGCAGCAUAAUCGAAUUAUCGAUGGCGCAUUUGAGUUUGAGCUUGUCGCUGAUUUUCCGGGUUUACGCUCUUUUGUUGCUGAUCAAUGUCUCCCUCGCUAAAACGCUCCAACGAGACUUGAAAGCGUUGAAUGAGAUAAAGGGUUUGGUCGGAUGGAGAGUGGUGUACACUUGGGUUGGAGAUGAUCCUUGCGGCAAUGGAGUUUUGCCUCCGUGGACAGGUGUCACUUGCUCCACCGUCGGAAAUUACCGUGUCGUCACAAAGCUAGAAGUGUUUGCAAUGUCGAUAGGCGGGACUUUCCCAACGGCUGUAACGAAUCUCCUAGAUCUCACUGUUCUGGAUCUGCACAACAACAAAUUGACAGGCCCGAUUCCUCCGCAAAUUGGGCGGCUAAAGCGCCUUAAGUCACUGAAUUUGAGGUGGAACAAACUUCAACAUGUCCUGCCUCCUGAAAUUGGUCAGCUGAAAAUUCUAACUUUUCUGUACCUGAGCUUUAACAAUUUCAAAGGAGAAAUCCCCAAAGAACUAUCAAAUCUCAAGGAGCUCCAAUACCUACAUUUUCAGGAUAAUCAUUUUACUGGGCGUAUUCCAGCAGAGCUGGGAAAAUUACAAAAGCUUCGCCACCUGGAUGCUGGCAGCAAUCACUUAGUCGGGAGUAUAAGAGAUCUUUUACGCAUAGAAGGAUGCUUUCCAGCUCUUAGAAACCUGUUUCUAAAUAAUAAUUACUUCACUGGUGGACUCCCAAACAAGCUUUCAAAUCUAACAAACCUGGAGAUCUUGUACUUAUCUUACAACAAAAUGACUGGAACAAUACCCUCUGCACUUGCCAAAUUACCAAGACUAACCUACUUGCACUUGGACCACAAUCAGUUCAGUGGAAGAAUCCCUGAUGCUUUCUACAAUCACCCAAACCUAAAGAAUAUGUACAUAGAAGGAAACGCCUUCAAAACAGACGUGAAGGCGAUUGGCGCACAUAAGGUCCUCGAACUUUCUGAGAUAGACCUCCUUGUUUAGUAAAUAGUUAUGCAUAUUAAAAAAACUUUAUUACACACAGGAAUUUUCACCGUGAUUUCUGGUUUUGUAAGAUUCAUUUUCUUUGUUAAAGCAAGAUUGUACUUGAUGUGUUUUCUGCAUGUAAAAGAUUCCUUAUCCAUAUAUGAAAAUUGAAUC